AUGGAGUCCAAUUGUUCCAGCAUCGGUCACGCUUUAAGCACUACCAAGGCCAGUCUACAAUACGGUUCGCGACCUUACCAACUGACAAGCUCCAUCUCCUUCCAGCUGCGUCCUAAUCGUCAUCGCCACCAGGCGGAGCAGACUCCCCAUCUUUUGGCACGCCAUUCUAGUGUUCCCAGCGGCAGAGGAACGCUCUGUAUCUCUUCGGGCAACCGCAACGACGAAGUUUUGACGACCGAUGCCUAUGCUCGCAGGGAGGAUUCUGGCUAUACGUCUAGCUCCGAAUCUCUCAAAGCCCUGCAAGCAACGUUUGUUCGCGCAAUGGAUAACUGGCCAGACACCCCACUAGAUCCUUCCCUGUCGGCAUACAGCACGCCCAGAUGGUCUUCUGGAAACGGCUCCGGAGGAUACAUCGAUACAUCCUAUAACGCUUCGCCAUUGAUCGCUGCUUCCGGCAUCUGGUCGAUGGUCGAGCAACCGACUGUGGAUUACCAGCCUGAAGGAGAUGGUUCCUGGGUGCUCGACGCAGCAAGACGCGUGCAGGAACCGGAAAUAUUCUCCUCAUUCGACCUUGCGGACGCGAAGCACGCACCGAAGGCGCCCUACACGCAGACCGAGAGCGGCGACCAUUUUACACGACUGCCACCCAGUGACUCCGCGAUUGAUGGCGCUGGUGUCUCUCUGACCCAAACUCUACACAACCCUGCGACACGUACGUCCAGCUGGCCUUCUGGAUACAACUCUACCAUUCGGUCAUCAUCGCCCGGUCACUCCGUUUCCUGGCACCUGAAUGAGCAUUCGUAUGCUGUGGGUUACCAGCCUGACGGACAGGGUCUCUGGCCGUUCAACUCAGCGAGAUGCAUUCAGGAACCGGAAGAGCCUUCCUCAUCUGACCGCCGACCAGUCCUCGUUCCUCUUGCAUUCAUGGAGCGCGUACCUCAGGAACCCUACGUGCAAAUCAAGAGCAGUACCGUCUUCACACAACUGUCACCCAUCGAUUUUACGGUUGAUGACGCUGGUAUCAUGUUGGCCCAGGUCCUGCGCGACUCCACGGCGCUGCCUGGGGAAUGGAAGCAACCGCUGGAUAUAAAGCCUAACAGUAUUGGCCAGAAGAUCCAGCUCAGACUUAACGUCAGCGUCGUGUAGCUUCGAUCCUC